AUGGAAGAAUAUCCCUUAAGCAUUGCAGACAGAAUCUGUGGAGAACUUGAAGAAAAAAACAGAGUUUUAAACGAAUACGUGAAAGAUCGUGAAGACAUAGGAGACAAAGAAGGUGUCAUCCAAGUUCGCAUACACCAAAUGGCUUUAUGCAAGGUUUUAGUCAAUGUCCAUAACCGAAGUCCUCUCAUUCUAGUUCAAGCCCAUACAAAUUUAGGAGAAAGCUACUUGAACAAUGAGUAUUACGAGCAAGCUUUGGAGCACUUAACUACAGCUUUAAAGCUGAACAGCUCCUUAUUUAAUCAAUAUGAAGACACAAAGCCUUAUCAUCCUCACAUUUUAACUCUUCUCGGCAAGUGCUAUUUGGGUGCUGGAGGGAUUGACGAUUCUUUGAAUUUACUUGAAAAAGCCCUGAAGAUGAAUCAGUCAUUGCUAGGCAAUGACCAUAUUAGUAACUCCCCAGUCCUUUCAGCACUUGCGCAGGUACAGUUAAAGAAAAAAGAGUAUACGAAAGCUUUGGAUUGCUUGACAACCGUAUGGGAGCUUCACGAGAAAACAUUUGGAAUGAAGCAUGAGUCUUUGGUAGGUAUAUAUACUGAAAUGGCUAAAGUUCACCAUAAACAAAACGAUCUCCCAAAUGCAAUUGAUUGCCAAAAGCGAGCACUAAAUCUUAUGAGUGAACUUGAUAUUAACACUGAUGCUACCGCUGACAUAGCAGUUACUCUUGCUCAGUGGCUUCAAGAUUCAAAUAAUUUCCCUGAGGCCCUAGAUGCUUUAACUCCCGAAUCUGUAAGUGAGCAAAAUAAUUUUGUUCGCUCACGGAGGGAUUACUUUUUUUAAAAAAAUUAUAUAGUAAAUAUUUUUCGAAAUAAUUUUAAAAUAAAUAUUAAUUUAAUUUGUAAAACUAUGUUUUAAAAUGCAAGCUCUUUAAAAUUAAGCAUAAUUAGCAAGAAAUUUCAUUAUACUAAUUAUCACUUAUAUAUCAAUUUAUCAAAAAUUUUUGUUCAUUCACGGAGGGUGGGGUUUUACCCAAAAAAUAGGGAUUUUCAAUGAUUUUGUUCGUGCGAGGGGGAGUAAAGAAACGCUGAACAUGUUUAUGAAUAUAAUCAUGGUAUGAUCGACAAAUCCACUGCAAAGGUCAAGCGAAGCAUUUGCAUGCUCCUCCUAAAAGCUAGCGAGUAUGAGGAAGCCUUAGAGGAAUGUUUAGAACUUGAAGAAAUUGAUCGAUCUUUAUUUGGGGAAAAAAGUCAGCAGUAUGGUAAAAAUCUUAAAGUAAUCGGAACAAUUUAUAUGAUUCUAAACAGAUACUCUGAAGCCCAUGAUUACUUCAGCAAUUCUUUGGAAAUUUUUUCUAAACUGAAAAACUCGAAGAAGACGGUAAAAGAAAUCAAAGAAAAGCUUCAGCAAAUUGAUGCAGCAUUAAAGGAAAACCCAGAACUUUACAAUAAUAGAUCGAAGAAAGUUGAUAAGCUGCCAAAAAUGCAGCACGAAGAGGAUGAGAGAGCUGAUAGUGGAUCAAAAAGCGAUGAAAAUAAUAGCAUAUAA